AUGGGCCAUCCUGUAUAUAGUUUAAUGGAAUCAACAACAUUAAAAACACGACAACAUCAAGAUACAGAAGAAAUGAAAAUUGCUGUUGUCGGUCUUGGCGGACCGGGUAGUGCAGCACUUCGUCAUCUUGCUCGCUCAGGUCAUCAAGCUGUUGGCUAUGAACAAUUUCAUAUUGGGCAUGCACAUGGCAGUUCUCAUGUUGCAUUGUAUCAACAAGACAGUGGCUUCUUGCGUGCAACUCUAUGUGUUCAAGCGAAUAUUCGGUUGGCCAAAGCACAUGGAGCUAUUGUUCAUGAACGAACACCAGUUAUUGAAAUUAUUCCAUCAUCCGAAAACGGCAAAAUCUUGGUUCGAUGUUCAUCGGACGAUAUUAUUGAUGAAGAAUUUGAUCGAGUAAUUGUUACAGCCGCCGAUGGUACAUUUCCUGUGUGGAUAGAUUCUGAUGCGAAUUAUUAUGGUUUUCCAAGUGAUGGUCAAAUAGACGGAAUCAAAUUAGCUUCAGAUAAUUUAGGUGAAACUAUAACCGAUUUAGAUGCUCAUCGACCACCAGUUGACGAUGUCCAUAUCGAUCAAAUGCGACAAUAUGCAGAAAAACGUUUUCUGAAUUUGGGCAAAAAUGUAACACAUAGUCAAACGUGUAUCUAUACGAAUACACCCAAUGCUGAUUUUAUCAUUGAUCAUGUACCUGAUCAACCAAAUGUUUUCUUAGUGAGUGGAUGUUCUGGACAUGGUUUUAAAUCAUUUAUAGAACCCGUAGACGCUAAUUUGUUAUAUAAGCGAUAUUGA